AUGGACAAGGAAAGGGGAUUUAUGAACAUACCAUUCAUCCUCAUUGGAACCGAUUAUUACUAUUUGAAAUUUCGUAUGGUGGCCUUUAUCAAAUCCAUGGACAACAAGGCUUGGAAAGUUAUGGUCAAAGGAUGGGAUCCACCAAUGAUUCUAGGUCCCGAUGGGAAAGUUACUAAUAUGGUGAAGGCUGAAAAAGACUGGGAUGAUAAAGAUGAAAAAGAAUUAGAGGGAAACUCCAAAUCAUUUAAUACCCUAUUCAAUGGAGUGGACAAGAAUAUCUUCAGGCUAAUUAGCAAUUGUACUAUUGACAAAGAAGCUUUGGAUAUCUUGAAGACUACUCAUGAAGGUACCUCCAAGGUGAAGAUGUCAAGAAUUCAACUUCUUACCACUUAG